GCUGAUAACGUGUCCCAGAGAUAAUAGGAACUGCAGAUGCUGGAGAAUCCAAGAUAAGGUGUCCCAAGUACUUUUCCUGAACUUUGAAUUAUUUAACAACUUGGCAGUUCGUUAUUGAGCGAAAACUUCAUCGAAGGUCGCUGCUGAGAGCGCUGCAAAUUUACCAUUGUAUUUUGCAAAAUACUGUCAGAUUUCCAUAAGUGCGAUCAUGUUUGGGAUGAUAACGAACUCGUUGUUCAGUCAAACUGAGAACCGACCCUGUCAGGUCCUCAGCUCAGAAACCAAGGGAGACCUGACCUACGAGGAACGCAAGUAUGAGGGUGGUAAUUACGCCAGUGUUACGGUGAGUGGGAAACCAUUUGACGAGGGGUCAGGUGAAGGAGCACUGAAAUUGCUCAAAUAUGUCGGAGGAUCCAAUGAACAAGGUGUCCAGAUGGGAAUGUCGGCCCCGGUCAGUAUGACUGUACAACCAGCUGAAGGUGACAGCUUGCAACCCCGUGUCGAGGUUCAAAUCCGCAUCCCCAGCAAAUUUCAAGAUAACAUUCCUAACCCGACAGAUGAGGACAUCGUGAUCAAACAUCAGGAUGAUUUCACUGUUUACUCCACCCAGUUUGGAGGCUAUGCCAAGGAAGUUAACUGGGUUGAACACGCAGGAAAGCUGCGAGGAGCGCUGGGAGACGUUGCGUCCUAUCACCGAGAUUUCUAUAUCUGUGCUGGGUACGACCCUCCAAUGAAACCUAUUGGUCGCAAGAACGAGGUGUGGUUUCUGAAGAAGGAGGUUUGAGAGCGUCACAUGGACCAUUCCACCAGCACAAAAGGCAGAGAGAGGGGGAAACCUUCACGAAAGCAUCUCGAGUACUUCCUAACAAGAAAAUUCUCUGAAAAUUGUCAUAAAAUAUUCAAUAAUUUCAA